GAUUUCGCUUCGUGGAACCCUUACCGUAGUUUUCUCUCGCGCCUCACUCUCUUCUUCCUCAACUCCAAGGCUUAGAUCCGAGGAGUUUGGGAAAACCCUAAUUUCUCUCUCAUCACACUUCUUUCGCUCUUUCACUUUCUCCCUCAUCACUCCAUUUCACUUCGUCUUCAGUUAUGGCAGGUGCAGCACCAGAGGGAUCCCAGUUUGAUGCUCGUCAAUAUGAUGCCAAAAUGCAGGAGUUGCUUACCGUUGAAGGGGGGCAAGAGUUCUUCACCUCUUAUGAAGAAGUUCAUGACAGUUUUGAUGCCAUGGGUUUAAAGGAGAACCUUCUCAGGGGAAUUUAUGCAUAUGGUUUUGAAAAGCCCUCAGCAAUUCAGCAAAGAGGUAUUGUUCCAUUCUGCAAAGGUCUCGAUGUAAUUCAGCAGGCCCAGUCUGGAACUGGGAAGACUGCUACUUUCUGCUCGGGUGUUCUUCAACAGCUCGACUAUGAAACAGUGGAAUGCCAAGCUCUGGUCUUGGCACCUACUCGUGAACUUGCGCAGCAGAUUGAGAAGGUUAUGCGGGCACUCGGAGACUAUCUUGGUGUCAAGGUACAUGCUUGUGUUGGAGGAACCAGUGUCCGUGAGGACCAACGCAUUCUUUCCAGUGGAGUUCAUGUAGUUGUCGGAACUCCUGGGCGUGUCUUUGACAUGUUGCGUAGGCAGUCUCUUCGUCCCGAUUACAUUAAGAUGUUUGUAUUGGAUGAGGCAGAUGAAAUGCUGUCAAGAGGAUUCAAGGAUCAGAUUUAUGAUAUUUUCCAGCUUCUGCCUCCAAAAAUUCAGGUUGGUGUCUUCUCAGCUACCAUGCCUCCUGAGGCACUUGAGAUAACAAGGAAAUUCAUGAACAAACCUGUGAGAAUUCUUGUGAAGCGUGAUGAGCUGACACUAGAGGGUAUUAAGCAGUUCUAUGUCAAUGUCGACAAAGAAGAGUGGAAGCUUGAGACACUUUGUGAUUUGUACGAAACCCUUGCCAUUACACAGAGUGUGAUUUUCGUGAAUACCCGUCGUAAGGUUGACUGGCUAACUGACAAGAUGAGAGGCCGAGACCAUACAGUGUCAGCCACCCAUGGUGACAUGGACCAGAACACAAGGGACAUUAUUAUGCGUGAAUUCCGUUCUGGGUCCUCCCGUGUUCUCAUCACCACUGAUCUGUUGGCCAGAGGAAUUGAUGUUCAACAAGUAUCCCUCGUCAUUAACUAUGAUCUCCCUACUCAACCCGAGAACUACCUGCAUCGUAUUGGUCGUAGUGGAAGGUUUGGGAGGAAAGGUGUGGCAAUCAACUUUGUAACAAAGGACGAUGAGAGGAUGCUUUUUGACAUCCAGAAGUUCUACAACGUGAUGGUCGAGGAGCUGCCAGCAAAUGUUGCUGAUCUCCUGUAACAAAGUUUUGUCACUACAAGGUCAAAAAACUAGUCUCUUCCUGCUUUCUGCUUUUCUUCUUUUCUGCAGUUCCCCUUAGUGUAGCAACCAACUCUAUUGUCUAAAAUUAUGAAGCAAUGUAAUCCAUCUGUGUAUCUUAUAAGUGGGGAUCAAUUUAGAAGAUUUUGCAUUUUGAGGUUUGUAACUGAAAUGUUACCUUUUUAACCUAAGCUUGUUAUUUUUGGUUAUGUUUUGUCUUU